AUGAAUGCAAACGCUCAUUCACUAACGUCGCCAGAUAAUUAUUGUGCAUGCUGCUUAAAUCUGGGCAAACCAAGAUCAAGAGUAAAUUUUCUUCUUUUAACGGGUAUUCCCGAAAGUCCUGAACGUGUUGAAAUCCAAAGAAAACUUUGUGAUAUUGUGUAUAAGAAGAAUAUUGCUGAGAACUUAAUUAAUCUUAACAGAUGUCACAAGGUAAUCAAACUAAGAAAUCAGCUGGAAAGUUUGAAUGAUGAAACAAAGACUAUCGAAGAAACCGCAUCUCCUAGUAUGGUUUCCAAUCCCGUCGUAUCGGUUCCUGAAGUAGAAGUCAAGGACAUGACCACAUGGUGUUAUGGAAUAUCAAAUUUAAGUCUUCUAUCAUAUAGAAAAUCGAAUGCACAGCUAAAAAAAGAUGAUGAAACAGAAUUUUAUAAUUAUCAUAGUAUUGACGCCUACAGAUGGGAUGAACUGAAAAAUGAUAUCCUUAAUAAAAUCAAUUCAAAACCGGAGAACGAAAAGGAAGGUAAGACAAGAUCAUACAAAAUUAGCGUCCUGUACACCAUACAGGAAAGAUUGAAUCAAAGACAACGGACAUUAGUAGUGCUGAUUUUGUCAAGAUCUUAGAACUACUUGCGAAACAGUAAAUACUUUCAAACGAGAACAUCGGUACAAUGCAGGGAACUACUAUCGAAACGGAAAGGUCGUGCCGGUUGCCGUUUUUCAAAUAACUUUUUAACGAAAGGUCUUAGCGGCCUGCGGUUUUCACCAUCGUAUAGAGGACACUUAAAGCCAUAUUUUUAUAAGC